GCCACCUAUGCAUUAUGUUUAAAGUUGUUACGUCGUCUUGUAAUCAUUUGUCCCUCUCACUCACUGUCUCUCUCUAAUAUCAAUUUCUUCUUAUCAAUCAAGCUCCAAUUCAAAUCCUCUAGCAGAAAAUGAAACUGAAAUCAGUGUAUUUUUUGGGAAGAGCUCCAGCAGAAAUUGCUGAAUUCAAUACCCAUUUAUUACCACCAAUACCCGCCGGCUCCGGAAGAGUUGCUCCGCCACCGGGUGCAGCUGCAAAAUGCGACGGCGACGCUCAUAGAUGUCCAUGGUGGCCGUAUACAAAUUCCAACGAUUUCAAAGAGAAUACUGCCCUGAUACUAAUCGUGCUUAUCAUAGCUUUAAUCUGUGCUUUAGCUUUCAAUGCUGCAAUUCGGUAUAUCAUACGCAUGCACUGCUGUCGGCGGCGGCGCAAUUCUCUGCAAUUACCGGUGGAUCACGGCAAUGUGGAAAUGGCACAGCCAAAGACGGAUCUUAGCUCCGGUAUGGCGGAGAUGGAGGAGGAAAUCACGGCCAAGGUGUAUUCAUCAGAGACGAAGCUGGCGGGGGAAGAAGCGGAGUGCACAAUCUGCUUAUCGGAAUUUGCAGAUGGGGAGAAAAUAAGGGUUUUGGAGAAGUGCAGCCAUGGCUUCCAUUUGCAGUGUAUACAACAAUGGCUGGUUGCACACACCUCUUGUCCCACGUGCAGAGCGAGUUGUACUCUGACUUAAUGCCCCAUUUCAGUUUGUUAUAGACUUUUAGUUGAUGAAUGAAAGGUAAUAUAGUGAUAAUUUUUUGUAUGUAAAUCAUUUCUCUUUAAGUAAUUUCUAUUAUUCCGAUAUUAUAUUUGAAGGGUUAAAUAUU